CUGGCUUCACACCGCCGCUCAUUGCCGUGCGUGGAAGCCCGAAGCGCUUGUUCUAUCCUCAUCCACAAUUCAUUCUUACAGCCCACCAGUGACUCCGGAGUCCUGCGCUUGAAAUCAUCAUGGGGGGCAAAAAGAAGAAAUGUGCGCCUGCCAACUCAGGGACAGGAGCUUUAGACCCUACAGUAAAGAAACAACAACAACCUCAAAAACCACCAGCACAACAACCUCAACCAGAGCCUCAGAAAACACACUGCAGUAAAACUAAAGCACCAAAAACCUACAGUCUCUCCAACAGCAGCUCCGUCUGUCAGGGAGAAAACAACGGAGCUGCCGAAAAAUCAGUGCUCAAAGUCGUCAUUCAUCCUGAGCUGGAAAAGAAAAUCAUCAGGCUGAUUAAUGAUCACAGACAGGAGCAUGUGGACAGGGGACCUGUAUCAGGCAGAAUCACUACUAAAAAGCUGCAGGAUCUGUACACGGCUCUGCAGAAGUUUGACUUUAAGACGCAGCACAUCGAGGAGGCCAUGAAGAGCAGCGUGUUGUACGGAGGAGAUCUUCACUCAGCACUCGACUGGCUGUGUCUCAAUCUCAGAGAUGACGAGCUGCCAGAAGGAUUCAGCCAGAGUUUACGUGAACAGGAGAACUGCAAGAACAGAGCCAAGUUUCAGGACCGGCAACAAGAGAAAAGCAGAGCGGUGCCUCAAACCAAGACCCCCAAACCUGAGGAACAGCAACGAGCAAAGGUGAAAGAUGAUGGAGGGAGUGUAAAGGAAUGGAUUCUAAGAUACGCAGAACAGGAUCUGGAGGAGAGCAGCGGAGAAGAAGAGGAGAGGAAUGAAGAUAGAUCUCAAACCCCAGAGACUGACAAAAAAUUCGAUCCUAAUGAGCGUUAUCUGACUCUAACAGCACAGCUGUACGAUGCGAAGGAGAUGGCCUCAGACGCUAAAGCCAAAAGAGACAAAGCAGGACAGCGCAGUGCACAGGACCGCAUCCGGGUCAUCCAGCAAGAGAUGAAGCCAUUGGAGUCUCACCCAAUGUUUAACCCGGCGAUCAAAGUGACCGAGGCUCCUAAAGUAGACAAAAAACCUCCUCCUGUAGCAGCUGGGAACGAGGAGCUCAACUUCAAGCUGUUCGAACAAGCCAAUCAGACGCCUCCAGAGAAGGAGAAACCUGAAAAAACGACGAAGGAGCCGAAGGACAUCCGUGAUUUCGAUUACAUGGGGCGCAGCUGGACGGGAAAGUCGCCCAAGCAGUUCCUGAUCGACUGGUGCAGGAAGAACCUGCCCAAAAGCCCGGCGCCGUCCUUCCAGAAAGUUCCAGUUGGGAGACACUGGAAGUGCAAGGUGCGUAUUCAGAGGCCCGAUGAUGUGCUGGAGGUUUGUCCCACCAUCCUGACGGAGGACGGCAUGCAGGCGCAGCAUCUUGGAGCCACACUCGCUUUGUAUAACCUGGUGAAAGGACAGUCGGUCCAUCAGCUGCUCCCUCCUCCCUACCGGGACGUCUGGUUGGAGUGGCGUGACGGAGAGCAGCAGCGGGAGGAGCUCACGCGUUCUGCCAUUAACAAACCACGCGAUCAGUUUAUCUCCCGUCUUCUCGCUCGCGUCAAACAGCAGGAGCCCCGGCCCGAGCCUGGCCCUGUAGGUCCGAGCAACUCCGGCUGCACCGAGGACUCUUGGGAAGCCCUGGCGGACAUGGAAGAUGAAGAGAAAGUAGAGACGAAGAAAGAGAAAGAGGUGGAAGAGAAGUCUCGCUCGCUCUUUUUGCAGCUCCGUGGCUCAGAGAUGGCACACAGGUUGUUACCUGAGCGCCAGCGCCUCCCUGUGUUUCAGCAUCGCGUACGGGUGCUCGAUGCUUUACAGCGCCACCGUGUGGUGGUCAUUGCGGGAGAGACGGGCAGCGGAAAGAGCACCCAAAUCCCACAGUUCAUCCUGGAGGAGGCUUUGGGAAAAGAGGAGAGUACGGGACAGUGUAACGUGGUGGUCACUCAGCCGAGGAGGAUCUCAGCCAUGAGUCUUGCAAGCAGAGUGAACCAGGAGCUCGGGAGUGAAGACCAACCGGGGGGCAAGAACUCUCUGUGUGGAUAUCAGAUUCGGAUGGAGAACCGCUCUAGUGCAUCCACGCGCCUCCUCUACUGCACCACCGGCAUCCUGUUGAGAAAACUACAAGAAGACGCUCUUCUGUCCUCCAUAACACACAUCAUUGUGGACGAGGUCCACGAGCGCAGCGUGCAGUCGGAUUUUCUCCUCACCAUCCUAAAGGACGUGGUUCACAAGCGGUCCAACCUGCGCCUCGUCCUCAUGAGCGCCACGGUGGACUGCGACAAGUUCGCGCAUUACUUUAACCGAUGUCCCGUCGUCACCAUUCCCGGCAAAACUUUUCCUGUAGAGGUGUUCCACCUGGAGGACAUUGUGGAGGUGACAGGUUAUGUGUUAGACCAGGACUCUGAAUACAGUCAGAGGUUUGUGGAGGAAGAGGAGGAGAUCAGUGUCUCUGUAACGCAGAAAGGAGGAAGAGCUGUGCAGUAUCAGGAGACGGUCGUGCGGGACCCCGGGGCGUGCUGGGAUCUGGGACCGGAGCUGGACCACUUCAGCGGGCGAACACGUCACGCUCUGCAGCACAUGAACCCCAACAAGAUCAACAUGGAGCUCAUCCUGGAGCUGCUCCAAUACCUGGAUAAUUCUCCCCAGUUUGCUGCGAUCGAUGGCGCCGUGUUGCUCUUCCUGCCUGGACUGGCACACAUUCAGCAGCUCUAUGACCUUCUCACCACUGACAAGAGGUUCAGCAGUAAGAAAAGGUAUAAACUCGUAGCGCUGCACUCUACGCUCUCGUCUCAGGAGCAGGCUGCAGCAUUUACAGUGCCCCCUGCUGGAACCAGAAAGAUUGUUCUGUCUACAAACAUCGCCGAAACCGGAGUCACCAUCCCAGACGUGGUGUUUGUCAUCGACACGGGGAAAACAAAAGAAAAUCGGUAUCAUGAAGGCAGUCAGAUGAGCUCUCUGGUGGAAACGUUUGUGAGUAAAGCGAGCGCUGUUCAGAGGCAGGGCCGAGCGGGACGCGUCCGAAACGGCUUCUGCUUCCGCCUGUACACUAAUACCAGGUUUAACGGUUUUAUCGAUUACUCCAAACCGGAGAUCCUCCGAGUGCCACUGGAGGAGCUCUGCCUUCACAUCAUGAAGUGCGAGUACGGCUCACCGGAGGACUUCCUGUCUCAAGCCCUGGACGCGCCGCCCCAGCAGGCCGUGUGUAACGCUGUGAGCAUGUUACGAAAGAUCGGGGCAUGUCAGAGGGAGAGUUACAAACUUACCCCGCUCGGACUUCACCUCGCCUCGCUGCCCGUCAACGCCAAGAUCGGCAAGAUGCUCAUUUUUGGUGCCAUCCUGGGCUGUCUGGAGCCGGUUGCUACCAUCGCAGCCGCCAUUUCGGAGAAGUCUCCAUUCUCUACUCCAAUGAACAGGAAGGAGGAGGCCAACCUGGCCAGAGAUGCUAUAGCAACAGCCAACUCUGAUCACCUGACCAUCUUUAACGCCUACCAGGGGUGGCUAAAGGCACGUUGCGAUGGUCAGCGUGCUGAAAUGUCCUACUGCAGGAAACACUUCCUGAACCGAACCGCUCUCAUCACCAUCGAGAGUGUGAAGAAGGAACUCAUCCGGAUGGUGCAGCAGACCGGCCUGAGUGGAUCCUCUCAACCUUUAUACUCCAAACAGGAAGCCCCGGUCGUAGUGGCGGUUCUGAGUGCGGGCGUAUAUGAUAACGUAGGGCGCAUCCUGCCUGUACCCUCCAUCCUCCCAGAGGAGCGCAUAGCCUGUACUGUGGAGACGCCGCAGGGAAAGGCACAGGUCCAUCCGUCCUCCGUUAACCGUAACCUCCAGAGACACGGCUGGCUGCUCUACCAGGAGAAGGUGAAAUACUCGAAGGUGUAUUUGCGUGAUACGACCCUCACGUCUCCGUUCCCUCUCCUGCUGUUUGGGGGUGACAUCGACGUUCAGCACAGGGAAAGACUCGUCUCAGUGGAUGGAUGGAUUCACUUCCAGGCCCCGGUCCGAAUCGGUGUGAUCUUCAAACACCUGCGUGGGCUCCUCGACUCGCUGUUGGAGAGAAAGCUAACAAAUCCUAAACUCAGUCUGGAAGAUGAGAAGACCAUACAGAUCAUUCUGGAGUUGAUUAAAUCUGAGAAACUUCUACGCUGAACAGUCCAUCCUGAGGACUUGAGAAAGUGGACUAAAUCCAAAAAAAGCUCUAAAGACUACUUCAGCUCUUCAGCUGCUGUGUGUGUGUGUGUAUGAGCAGUGUGUAUAUAAAAACAGCAUGGAUACUUAAAACAUUUACAUCAGGAUCGAGUGUGAAGGUGCUAAACUCUGUGCUAAGAGGAUUAGCAUGAAGCUAGUGAUUGGAAAGGAAAUUUUCUAGUGUUGUAUAAAUAUAACCGAAUAGAAAAUAAACUGUAUUUUAACACAAAA